UCAGUUGAAAGCUACGAAACUUCGGAAUGCUACUGAGAUAUAAUCAUUUGAUGGCCGAUGGCGUCCUGUGUUGAAACCGAUGACACCAAGUUCUUCGCUCCUCGAGAUGAAAGCCGCUUCUUUUCUCUCCACUGGUCGGAUAGUAGAGAAACCUAUAGGUAAUGGAACAGCCACCGUUCUGAUCUGUCUUUACGAGCUCUAACGACUUUCAUGAGUGAAAUACACUUCAAGAAACGCAUUGGUUUCUAUGGGUUGAAGAACAGAAAGUUGACAAGUUGUAGAAUGGCAAGAAAGAUCUACAACUGCCGCCUCCCCUUUUAUAUUCUACAAUCAACACUAACAACAAAGAACUAAAUUAAUCAACCAGUUUCGCUCCCCCUUUUUUUUUUUCUUCAAGAAAAAAAAAAAAAACAACCCCCCAAACGCAUAGAGAGAACCCAUUCGAUUGUGAAUGUAUGUGUGUCUGUGUUUUUGGGUGUCGUUUUUUGUAUAUGUCGUUUUAUUUUUCUUCUUCUUCUUCGUCUCUGCCAGACAAUCAAUGGUCUGUCUGCACAUUCCUUUUGUAACUUUAAUGUUUUUUCCCCCUCGUCUCUAUCUCUCUCUCUCCACUCCCUCUCAGCUGAGGGCAAAAAGAGUGUCAGCGGACUUCCCAUUUCACUGAGUACAAUCUCAAGAGUCUACUGAAGUGCUUUUUUUUUUUUGAUUGACCCCUUCUUCUUGCUUCAUCUUUACGUAACCCGUCUUCAUCACAACAAAAAACUAUAAAACAACAAAUGUACAACACAGGACUAAAAACAGCAGCAGCAGCAGCUACCAAUGUACUACAACACGUAAGACUAACCAACAAACAAUAGAAGGAAAUACAGCAAUACUUGAACGAGUUUUUUUCGUCAUCCUGGCCAUCCCUCCUAUAUUUACGCUUCCGUCUCUUUAAUGUUGAUUUGUCUUUAAGAUCACAAGCGGGGCCGCACCACCUCAACAUGACAGUUUCAACAGGAAGUGGGGCCUCCACAUUAUCUCUACCUUCUACGAAUUUUGGGAUUACAUGGAAAACUUUUGUUGCAGGAGGUAUUGCUGGAUGCUGUGCAAAAACUACAGUUGCUCCCCUGGACAGAGUGAAAAUCUUGCUUCAAGCCCACAAUCGACAUUAUCGACACCUAGGUGUUUUUUCUUCCUUACAACAUGUCAUUCAUAAAGAAGGUUUUCUGGGCCUCUACAAAGGAAAUGGGGUUCAGAUGCUACGGAUUUUCCCAUAUUCUGCUAUUCAGUUUGGUGCUUACGAAGAAUUUAAAAAGAUUCUCAAGUCGGUUACAAAUUGUCACACUCACAUUGUCAAGCUGACGGCUGGAUCCUUAGCAGGUAUGGUGGCGCUAGUGGUUACUUACCCUCUGGAUGUGGUACGAUCUCGUUUAGCUUUCCAAGUGAAAGGUGAACAUCUUUAUGUCGGCAUCGUGGACACGAUGAAGUCAAUUAUCCAUCUGGAAGGUGGAACCACUGCACUUUACAAAGGCAUGGUGCCCUCAAUACUGGGUAUUUCACCAUAUGCUGGUUUAUCUUUCACAUGUUUCGAGAUAAUGAAAAACUUGUGUUUAGACUACUUUCCUGAAAGUCUUGGAAGACCCUGCCAGAAGACAACGGGCGGGAUUAUUCUUAUUCUUCCUGCCAAAUUGCUCUGUGGUGCCUGGGCUGGAGUUAUCGCCCAAACAACAGCUUAUCCAUUGGAUGUUGUCAGACGGCGAAUGCAACUGUCCCGAAUGUUGCCAGAAUCCCACAAAUAUGAUCAAGGUUGGCUGCGAACAUUGUUGGUCAUAUACCGGGAAGAUGGAGUCAGCAAUGGAUUGUUCCGAGGACUUACUGUCAAUUACAUUCGAGUCAUCCCUACUGUGGCUGUGUCUUUUGCCACUUACGAAACAGCAAAGCAAAUGCUUGGCUUGGACACCGGUGUUGAUCGUUAACACUUUAAACGGCUUUAUUUAUUUAAUUUUAAAUAUUUUCAUUUUAAUCUCCUUUUCGAUUUUAAGUCCAUUGUUUGUUUGUUGUUUUUGUUUUUUUGGGGUUUUUUUCAUUUUAUUUAAAAUGUAUCUAUAUGUAUAUAAGUAUGUGAGUGUGUAUACAUAUAUAUGUGUGUGUGUGUGUGACCGUUUAGGGAUCUGUAUGAAAUUCAUGCAAAACGAAAGAAAAAACAGUUUGUCUCAAUCACUGCUGCCAGUUCUCUGUUGAAAUGAUUCUCUCUGAAGUGAUUUUCAACUUGUCUGAGGAACAUCGCAAACAAAACAGUGUGACCCUUACUUGUUUGUGACAAAGGGGGAACUGGGUGAAGGUCGCAGCCUAUAUCUUUUCUCUUA